AUGCUUCGUCAUUGUGGAAACAUGCUUGUCUUUCAUGCAGGAAUUGUAUCCUUCAUCUUUAUGUGUUUCCAAGUAUUUUGUUUGUUUGAAUUUACUGCCACUGCUUUCAAGAACCGAACUUGUUUUUCCAAACUUACCACGCCAAACAAACACAAUAUUACCUUGCUUCGGUAUAAAAAUGCUGUCGCGUUUCGUUGCAACAGAGCCGGAAUACUCGAUAGAUUUCGUUCUACCUUUCAAAACAAAGAAACUCCACUCAAUAUAACAUGGAAACGUAUACGGCCAACCUUCGAGAGCACUUCAAAGUUAUCUGUCGCACAAUUAAAAUAUUGCCAUGCAAAUUCUUCGUGCAAAAAUACUCAGGAUAUCGAUUUCAACACAAGUGAUGUAGAAAUUCCGUUUCCCUUGAAAGAUUCUCCUAGUAAUGGAAUGAUGAAAUGUGCCAACCAAAGAGCUGUCACUACAAAAAAUAUAGAAUCAACUUUAACUAGAUAUAAAGACAGUAUAGAGUUCUUUUUAUUUGUCUUUGGCGUGAUUUCAGGAUGUUUUUACUUUGCUAGUUGUAGUAAUUUCAACCUAAAAUCUAUCGUAUUUCAGGCUUUUUUAGGCCUUUUUGGGACUGCACUUGGUUUUGCAACCUUUUGGUGGAAUUUUUCAGUGCUAUUUACGGCAUACAUAACUUUCAAAGUGAUGCAAACUUGCUUUUGCAGUCUUGGGCAAAUUUUCAACCUUGCUUCAAUGAGUGCUCAAGCUUUGCGCGGGAAAAUGAAGAACUCCUUUCCUUGUUUAUUUGUCGGGAUUAUAAACCUUGUGUUCUUUCAAGUGGCUUUCAAUUUAUCGACCAACGUCUUUCUCUUCGCCUGUGUCAACAAUAUUGCCGUUUUAGCGGUGUGCUUUAUAUUAUUAAACAAAGAAUCUGAAAAAAUGAAUUCGUUUUACGGCAAUGGAAGAAUUGAAAGAAGCGUUUGGAGCGACAGCAGGAUGAAGAAUUUACGAUGUCAAAACAAGUCCAGAAUUUCGAAUUUGGUUUCGAUCCGAGGAGAUGAGUCUGUUUCAAUCGUUGGCUUGAGUUGUCGUUUUGCAGGAGGCGUUAAUUCGAAGGAUGCUUUUUGGGAUCUCCUUGUCAAAGGUGGUUGCGUAAUCAGUUCUUAUCCCGAGAACAGACUCGAGACGUUGGCGUUAAAGCGUUUCUACAACCCCUCUCAUCGCGUCCCAGGAAAGCAUUAUACGCUGAAAGGUGCAUUUUUGGACGAAAUCGCCGGAUUCGACGCCCAAUUUUUCGGCAUUUCGCCGGCGGAGUGUCGUGCGAUGGACCCCCAGCAACGACUACUGCUCCAGUGUGUUUACGAGGCCAUGGACGCUGGCUUGAGACUUGAAGACUUGCAAAAUUGUACAACCGGUGUUUAUGUGGGACUCAUGAAUUUAGACUACGGCCGGCUACUUUUGGACGAUGGAAACGUACCGAAUAUUGACGAGUUCGCGUCAACCGGAAUAACGGCGUCCACGGCAGCCAAUCGGAUUUCGUUCUCGCUAAAUUUGAACGGUCCAAGUUUAACGGUCGACACGGCAUGCUCGUCGUCGUUGACCGCCCUAAAUAUAGCCGUGACGCAUUUGAAAUUGCGCGAGUGUGACAUGGCGAUCGUUUGCGCGCCAAAUUUGAUUUUGGCGCGAUAUUUUCACACGGCGUGUUGUAGAACUGGACUGCUCGCCGAAGACGGACGUUGCAAGAGUUUCGACGCGAAGGGUGACGGGUACGGCCGAGGGGAAGGAAUGGCUGCCGUGGUUUUGAAACCAACACGAACGGCCUUGAUCGACGGAGACGAUCCUUACGCUAAAAUUCUUGCAUGCGGUUUGAAUAACGAUGGACAAUCUGCCAUCCCCAUGACAGCCCCAAGCGACGAAAAACAAGCCGACCUGGCUAGGCGAGUCCUGAAGGAGUCUGGACUCCAGAAAUCCGACGUUCAAUAUGUGGAAACACACGGCACGGGAACGGCCGUCGGUGAUGUCGUCGAGAUGCGAUCGGUCUCCGAAGUCUACGCGAACACUUCAUCGCGCGUGCUUCGCAUCGGCUCGGUGAAGUCGAAUAUUAAUCACACGGAAUCGACGGCCGGAUUGGCCGGGAUUAUUAAGGUUUGCUUGAUGAUAAAGAAUGGCUACUACGUCCCAACUGUGAAUAUACAAGAGUUGAAACCUCAGCUGAAGAUAGCCCAGAGAAAAAUGGUUGUGCAAACGAAGCUAGAGCCUUGGGCUGCAGUUGACGGCAAGCCCAGGACAGCGGCUGUGUGUUCCUAUGGUUAUGGUGGCGCGAAUGCACACGCCAUCGUCCAAGAGGUCCAAUCAACUCGGCAAAUGGGAAAUUGCCCGCGAAAACGCGAUGUGUGGAUCUUAACGCUUUCGGCCUGUUCGCGUGAAGCUUUGAAGAUGAUGGCUGAAAGGUUUUCAAACUGGCUCGACACGAAAAUUGAUAGCGACGACAGAAACCUGAUGGGCAAUAUUUGUUUUACUCUUAAUACCAGACGUAGCGUGCACUCCCAUAAACUAUCUCUGACUUCUCGCUCGUUCGAGCAAGCCGCAAGCUUGUUGCAAGUCUUUGCCAAGGACGGUCCUGGCUGGCAGAAAUUCAUCGCCGUUAACGAUAGUUCUGCGUCCUUCAAGAAGCUGGCUUUUAUUUACGGCGGGCAGGGAAGCUGCUGGUAUGGCAUGACCAAGGAAUUGAUCAGAAAUGAGACUGCAUUCCGAGAAAGUCUGGAGGAGAUUGACAAAAUUCUAGCAAAAUUUCUAAUCCCGUGGAAUCUUGUAGAGAUCUUGGGUGAAUGCGAUAAUGAGGAUUUGGAAAUAGAGAAAAAUCCAAUCGCUCAAAUGGCUCUUUUUGCUGUGCAUCAUGGUAUAACCCAGUUGCUGAAGUCCUGGGACAUAACUCCGUCUGCAGUCGUUGGUCACAGUCUGGGGGAAAUUUCCGCAGCAUGUGCUGCGCACGUGUUCAGCCUAGAAGAAGCAGUUCAGCUGAUCCUACUUCGGUCAGAACUCCACGAGAGUUGCUCAACUUCAGGAAGAAUGAUGGCUGUCAGGAUGUCCCCAGAGGCUGCCAAAGAGUUGCUCGAGAGUUUGGACCUGGUUAGUAGAGUCAGCGUCGCUGCGGUCAACAGUCCAGUUGACGUCCUUUUGUCAGGAGAUCAGAGUGCCAUACAGAUCAUUGAAGAUUAUUUGCAGAGGAGUCGUUGCGAGGUCUUUCACAAGAAACUGGGAACAACACGGGCGUUUCACAGCCGUGAAAUGGACUGCAUCAAGGAAGCUUUUAUCGCUGGAAUUGAUCGAAUCAAACUGAGUUCAGGUGGAGCAAAGAUUCCGUUCUAUUCAACAGUUACUGGCACCCAGAUCUCUCGCCUCACGCCUUGUCACUGGUGGAGAAAUAUUCGCGAACCUGCGUUGUUCAGCUCAGCUCUUGCCAACAUGAUAGCUGAUGGAUACAAGACGUUUGUUGAAGUCAAUGUUGCACCACAAUUUCCCCGCUACGUACAGGAAAUCGCUUCUCAUUUUCGAACGGAAAAGUCCACGGAGCAAGCGGCAGUAACUGUUAUCGAAACCUUGCCAAAAAGAUCUGAAAAGGAUCGUUAUCUGUCGUUUCUUCGUUGUUGCCCAGCGACGCUUUACACCCGAGGAUAUCCGAUGUCGUGGGACAAGAUCCAGGGAUCUGGAACCAAGGAGUUCAUCCGUUGUCCGAGCUAUCCUUGGCAAGAACGAAAGUACUGGUACAGAGAAUGCCAACCAGCCGAGCACGUUGGACCGCUGAUUGGCGAAACCAAUUUACCUGUUACCCAGAAUGCACCUGAAAACUCAGAAGGUGGGACUACCAACUUUAGUUCAGGUUCAACUCAUCCCCUUCUAGGAAAAGCUGUUGCAACCGAAGCUUACUCGGGACUGCUCGCCUGGGCUUCGGAAAUCGACGUGUUCACUGUCGCUUACCUCAAAGAUCAUCGAUUUCAAAGUUCGGAGGAAGCCGUAAUUCCGGGUGCAGUUUACGUCGAAAUGGGUCUGGCACUAGCCUUACAUAUGUUCCCGGAUGUUCAACCACAUCUACAUGAAGUUACGUUCGAGAAUCUCCUAACGCUUUCCACCAAUGAUGUUGUACGAUUUUGUACUCGUUUGAACCCGACAGGGAAGCCUGGCACGAGGCAUGGUUACCAGAUAACGACCGCCGAGGGAAAUGGGAACGAAGUUCUGGUGUGCAAAGGAUCAGUUUCGUUUGAUAAAGUCGCUCACAAUUGCAGAGAAGCUUGUGGGAAUUCAAAUUUUACGAGAAUCACCAGCAUAAUCUCACGUCUCUCGAAGCAACCUUUGGAGAUUUUCAACUCAGAACGAGUGAAAAGGCGCUUUGAUUAUGGUCCUCAAUUUACCUUAAUUACGGAGACGUGGUGCUCUGAAACAGAAGCACUGUGUACCAUUGUCCUCACGGAGGAAAUACGUUCAUCUCUUGCUGUUUACGUUUGUCAUCCAGCGAUUAUCGACGCCUGUUUUCAAAGUCUCUUUUUACUAAAAAACUCUGUGGAGAAGCCAGUCCCUUAUGGCGCGGCGGACAUCAAGAUCUACCACAGCAAUAUCACUGACGUCAUGUACUGUCACGUGAUCAAUCACGUGAACAAUGGCAUGAACAAUCACGUGAACAAUUACGUCACCAACCCAAACCAAACAUAUGAUAUUGUUCUAAUGGACGGUCUUGGAAACCAAGCGCUUGUGAUUAAGGAGUUCAAAAUGGUAGAUUUAUCAAAGUUAUGCCCAACUUCUCUUUUAACAGACGUUUCAUAUCAGAUUCAAUGGCAAACUGACACAACCAAACCAGAAGUCGAUGUAGAAAGCAAGAUAUGGCUUAUUGUACCUGAUAAAUGUGGAUUCUCAGAACAGUUUAUGAAUUUUCUCCCCCCAAAGGAUGAUCAAAUUUUUGUUUUUGAGUUUCCUGGAAAGUCUUCCGUCGUCGGGAAUAUAUUCUUAGAAACGCUUCAAAAGGCAUUCGAAGCGUGUAAAUCUUGUGGUUUCGCGAAAGUCUGCAUUGUUAGUUUCCUGCCAGUAAAUAACCGUUCCUUGUCACCAGAUUGGACUAACUUCCGGCAAUCUCAUUACCAGGCCUUCGAGAGUUCGCUGCUGAUGCUUCAAACAAUUUUAACAUCAGGAUAUUCUGAAAGCGUUCAAUUUGUAUUAGUUACCUGCGAAUCAAGCUCCCUUGAGGUUAAUCACAUUGACGAGGCAGCUUUUCCCUGGUCGAGCACCUUGCUUGGUUUCAGACGAACCGUUGCGGAAGAAACAACCCAUCCUAAAGUGAGUGUUGUCGAUUUCUCGGACAAUCCGACUGCGGCUGACUUUCAGUCCUUGUCGCAUGACCUACGAAAAACCGAGGUUCCUGAAGAAGUCGUGUAUCGCAAAGGAAGCAGACAUCUUAAUCAAAUAAGGCGUUUAAAUUCAACUCAGGCAAGGAGUACGACUGAAGGGAAAUAUCGUGAAAGCCGAGCUUUUAAAAAGAAAGAUUUAAAUUGUUCUGUAGAAGAUGAGAAAGAGAUAGAAAACUCAGAAGAGAAUUGUUCGGUGAAGACAACGUAUAAAGAUGAAUUUCCCAGUGAAGAAGAUCGUGGUUCGAAAGCGUUUAAAUUGGCGCUCGUAUCAGGGCAGACCUGUUUGAUUGAAACUGGAAGGUCGCAACCUCCUAAAAAUCACGUCGAAAUGAAAGUACUUCACGCUUUUCCACUUCUUAAAGAGCAUAUCUCAGUGCUCUCGGAUAGAGUUGCCGUUUCCGGCAAAAUAAUGGCGAAUAACGAAAACGAUUUUGCCAACGAGUUGGUUAUGAAAAUCUGUCAUGCGUCAGAGCUCGGGAAUUAUAUUACGACGGAAGAAAAAUCUUUAAUAAGAGUCGAUGACUUUGUUUUCUCCAGUCACGAGGCUGCAGCGUUAUCUUUCCCCUUGGCGUUGUCGUUUUAUAUCAUGCAUGAAAUCGUUUGCGAGUUCAAAGGUAAGAGAAUAGUAGUCUGGGCCAACGAAGCAUUGCAGGCCUGUGUAUUUGCAUGCGUUACGUUAGCCCUUGACGCAUGCGUAGUCUGCGUGGUGGGAACCUCAGAUGACAAAUCGAUGUUUAAAGACUUCGGUUUCCCUCGUGUUUUGACGGAAUGCGAAGUUUUAUCAGAGGACACAGAAAGCAUGGACGAUUUGACCUGCGAUGUUGCUUGCUUCCUGAACUCACCUAGUCAAGCUGUACUUCAAAACAUCCUGAAAAAUCUUCGAGAUUCAGCCAAGGUUAUUUCAUUCGACGUUAACACAACCAAGUAUCUCGAUGUUUCCGUACGUGGAAACAUAAGUUUCCUUCGCCCGAAACUAGAAGAUAUAACGGAAGAUGCAAGAGUGUUUGAACAACUUCUGACAAAUUGCAUUCAACUGCUUUCCGACAAAGGCUAUCUUGCAAAAUUGAAAGAACUACCCAGCCGUUCCACUUCGAUUUAUGAUAUGGUCUCGUCCUCGAAACAAAUGCAAAAUAUGACCUCUGGAACAGAGCCUAAAAGCGAUACUCUUGCCGUGUCGACAAUUUCAUUCUCCAGCGAGAAUUGUCCCAAAGAAUUUCAGUUUUCGAGAUUGUCCUUCAAACCGCGCUGCUUGAAAGAAAAUAAAUGUUAUUUGGUCGUUGGCGGGAUUCGUGGUUUUGGAUUCGAAGUAGCGCUUUGGUUGAUUGAAAACGGCGCAAAGACUGUCGUUUGCACGGCACGAUCGCUUCCCAGCGAAUCGAAGAUGGCAGCCGUCGCGAGGAUCGAGGAAGAGACUGGAGCCAGAAUACUUCUUCGUCAGGCGGACGUGACUUCGUGGGAAGACAUGUUGGGGAUCGUGAGGGAACUUGAGGGUCUUUCAGGACUGGCAGGGAUCGUAUUUACAGCUAUGGUUCUCGAGGAUCAGCGAAUCAAAGAUGCUGACCUCGGGACCUGCGCUCGAGUGGUUAGCACAAAGGUUCAGGGUAGUGUCAUUCUUCAUCAACUAAGUCUGAAGUUUCACCUGGAUUUCUUCAUCAUGUUUUCAUCCAUCGCUGGGAUCAUCGGUAACGUUGGUCAACUCGCGUACUCCGCUGCAAAUACUUUCCUUGAUUCCUUGUGUGAUUUUCGCCGUAACAGGCUUGGGUUACCUGCACUAUCUGUGGCAUGGGGUACUAUGGGUGGAGCAGGGAUUUUGGAAAGAUCGAAGGACAUUGCUAGUUUGUUUCAAAGUUAUGGCUUCCGUAUGAUGUCAUGCAAACAAGGACUGAAAUUCUUGGAACAGUUCCUAAGCCAUCAUCCUGAGGACUCGCAGAUCAUUCUUUGCGAUAUCGACUGGUCGACGUACCUGAAGAGCUCGGCUUACAUUCUACACGAAUCACCCAGGCUUCAAUCUCUUAACGAAGAAACCAGAAUCCCUAAAAUCCACGACUCCACGAACGGUAUGACGUUGGACCAGCUCUCUGGGCUCGACCCAGGACAACGACGGAAGACCGUGGAGAGCUUCAUACGGAGUUUAUUGUCCACGUGGUCGGAGGCUGAAGAUCGCGAGGUUGAUCUGAACUUAGCACUCUAUAAAUAUGGCGUCGAUUCCAUCGGUGCAGCUAACAUGAGUCUUCAAAUACGCUGUGGACUCGGCGCGAUUUUUGAGAUUUAUCACUUUAUUCAACCUAAGACUACAGGCCUGUCAGUCAUCAACGAUACUCUCGAACAAAUUCGCAGUUAUGAACACGACAAUCUUAACACAGACCGAGCUAUGAACGACGCAAAGUUGACAAGACACUCGGCCGACAACUGUGGAAAACAGAAUGAUUUGAGGGAAUAUGAGACGAUGUCUGAACAUCACGUUGAGGUGGUUCCAUUAUAUGUUCCUGACGACGCCAUCGUUAAUGUUUUUAUGAUGCACAGUAGUCAUCGAUCUGCGAUGGCGAACUCACCAUUUGCUACUGGCUUUAAGCGUCAGGAGACUGUUGCCUUGUACAGCAUUGGAACUAAAGAGUCCUUGUCUGAGGAUGACUAUGAUGCCACAGUAAAAACCUGCGCCAAACAUUACAUUAAGUCAAUAAAAACAAUACAACGUGCUGGUCCGUAUUAUCUAGCUGGAUUCUCAUUCGGCGGUCUAUUGAGCUACGAAGUUGCCUGUCAGUUGACGCAAGAUGGCGAAGACGUUGCCAUGGUAGCCAUGUUAGACACCAUGCCCUGGUUUCCGAAAUCAACGCAGGACAAGAAUGCGGAUUUCAAAAGGUUGCAAGAGAACCUUAUAAAUGAUUUACAAGAAAAAAUGGUUGGUCGAUAUUUGAGAUCAGCGGCACUAGGUCGUCUUGGCUUAACGUUGGAAGAAUUCGAUUCCUUGAUGGAUGAAUUGGGGACUGGAGAGGAAUUGAUUUUAGCAUUGGAUGAGAGAGCAAAGAAGACGAGCUUUAGUUUAGAUGACGUCAGAGAUCACGUGGAAUCUCUAAAAAGCCAAUCGGCGAAAUCAUGCCGAGCGCAUUUUGAAUGGCAACCACCGGAGGUGAGAUAUGACCAAACACUAUUGUAUAUUCUAUGUCAAAAUGUUGUCGACCAACCUUGCCUAGUUUGGGAUCCGUUGGAAUCCUGGGGAUCGUUAACAUGUAAAUUCCAAAUAAUGUCGGUUCCCAGCAGCCAUUUCGAGCUGCUGGAUCAGCCAUAUAGCAAAAUUUGCGGGCUUCUGAUUAUGACAACUGCUUUGAUGAAACGCGGCAGUCUCGUUGGAAGGAGGCUCAGUCCAAGAUCCAACCACAAGGAACGGUUGAUUCAGUUCCUGAAGGACUCGAUCAACGUUUUAAUUUGUUCCAAUCAAGAUCAGUCAAGCGCAAGAUUGUGUUUCAAUGACGAAGAGGACGAGCUCUGGAUACGUUUUGAAACGAAUGAACCUCGUAAGAAGAUAAAAAUUAAACUAAAUGAUAUUCUCAAUAUUUUACCCGGGAAAUAUGCGUUGGUUGACAGCAAGAAAGGUACGCAACAGCUCGAUAAAAACUUAACCAUUUCUUUGCUGCUUAAUUCCAACCAGCAGAUUCACAUAGUCUGCCAAGAUUGGCAACAGCGGGACAAUCUCUUGGACGCUUUUGAAGUUUUAGUGGAGAGUCCGCUGGUGCGGUUCCAUUAUUAAUGUCAGAAGAGAAAUGCAUUUCACUCGAUUAACAAAGUGUUUGAUACCAUUCUAACUCUGAAUGGACCACUGGUCUGAACACCAAUAAAAACAACGUUUUGGUCCUUGGGUAUUCAUGGACAAGGGUUUUUUUCUUAUGCCAAGUUUUUUUUUCACGCGUGGCAAAAAAACUGACCGCAAAUAGAGUUUUCUGCUUGAGCUCUGCUGGAGUAACAUUUUACUAAAGCCUGGCGCAUACUGGUGCACCUUGCACGCACACAUAUCACUCAAGUCUGCGGGAUUAAGAUAUUCUGCCAUACCAGUCAUGUCGUAAAAUUAAGUAAGUAACAUGUGGACUGAUAGUUAUCCAAUCACAGUAGUCAAUAAGUACUA